AUGGGGCGACAAAAGCAAACGGCGCCGCUCCAGAGAGCCCCUUCUCAAUUAGUGCAACUCUCAGAAGAGUCCGAUGCGCCACAAAAUACUGGAACUGGCAACACAAACACAGUAUCCACCGCAAAUGGAAGUGUGUCCGAAAAAUCACCAGCGGCCCUUGAAACAGUCGUCGACAGCCCUGGGCUGACGCAACUUGUGAUUUGCGUUCUCGGUAUAUAUGCGGCAUUCCUCUCCUGGGGUGUGCUACAAGAGGCGAUCACGACGACCAGCUAUCUCGUUCGUCCUGCAACCGUUGCCGAACCAAACCCUCCAACGGAGCGAUUCACCUACUCAUUGGUGCUGAACACGAUCCAAUCCUCCUUCGCGGCAGUCACCGGCUUUAUAUACCUUCUGUUUUCAACCCCGAAAGGCCAAAAGAUCCCAUCUAUCUUCCCCACACGCCGGAUCAUCUUCCCCCUGGUUCUAGUCGCGAUCUCCUCGUCACUUGCGUCACCCUUCGGCUAUGCUAGUCUCCAACACAUCGACUACCUGACUUUCAUUCUUGCCAAAUCAUGCAAGCUCCUCCCGGUCAUGGUCCUGCACCUGACCAUCUUCCGCAAGAGAUACCCGUUGUACAAGUAUGGUGUUGUCCUGAUGGUCACUCUCGGUGUCGCAACUUUCAGUCUGCAUCACCCAGGAACUAGCAAGAAAGUCGCUGCCAAGGGUCAGUCUGGAUCCUCCGGAUGGGGCAUCUUCUUGUUGUCCAUCAACCUCCUUUUGGAUGGCUUGACCAACACCACUCAAGACCAUGUCUUCUCCUCGCCCAAGCUGUACACACGCUUCACUGGACCUCAGAUGAUGGUUGCUCAGAAUGUUCUCUCGACCAUUCUGACUUCUGCAUACCUCCUGGUCAUGCCUCACCUAUCUCAGAGCGGGGUUUUGCAUAACCUGCUUCCCUUCCCCAUCCCCCCGUCCACUGAGACUGAGCUGUUUGGUGCCUUGUCUUUCCUCUCCCGCCACCCAGAGGCGCUGAAACAUGUCCUUGGGUUCGCGGCAUGCGGCGCUGUUGGCCAGCUCUUCAUUUUCCACACUUUAUCUCGCUUCUCCUCACUGCUGCUUGUCACUGUCACCGUUACACGUAAGAUGUUGACUAUGCUCCUCAGCGUUUUCUGGUUUGGACAUUCUCUGUCCGGUGGCCAGUGGUUGGGGAUCAGUCUGGUCUUCGGUGGCAUUGGCGCUGAAGCGGUGGUACAAAGAUCGGAGAAGAAGGCGAAAGAGCAGUCGAAGAUUGAGGCUGCGAAGAAGGAGCUGUGA